AUGAUCGCAGCGUUCUCAGAACUUACUUCUGCUACCAAAGAAGAAGCCUCCCUCCUCGAAUCGCACAACUUCGAUCUCGAUUCCGCCAUCUCCACCUUCUUCGAAAAAGCCCUAGGGCUUCGUCUUCAUACGAGAAUUGCUCUUGCUUUCGUUGGUUCACGGAGCGCCGGGGAUUCCUCGCCUUGGGAUCUACACCCUCCACCUGAUUCUCUCGAUCGUUGGUUACUAAGCGACGAGUCCUCCUCAAUCACCGUUGUUAGCCAUGGCCUCCCUGUAAAGCCACCACCGACAGAAGACUGUCGCACCCCACAGCUACACCGGAGACCUUCGACCUCUCAGCUACUGCAGGUAAGGACAAUUAGUUUGUUUGGGGAAGUAUUGGGGAUUGGUCCAGCAACUGCAUUGAAACUGUAUGAAAAAAGGACACAGAAGUCUGGAGGAUUUAAAAAGUGA